AUGAUGUCCUAUCUGAAGCAGAGCCCCUAUGGAAUGGCUGGGCUGGGCCUGGGCAGCGCUGUGGACCUGCUGCACCCCACUGUGGGAUAUCCAACAAAUCCUCGUAAGCAGCGGCGUGAGCGGACCACCUUCACGCGCACUCAGUUGGACAUCUUGGAGUCUCUGUUCGCUAAAACCAGAUACCCUGACAUCUUCAUGAGAGAAGAGGUGGCUCUGAAGAUCAACCUGCCUGAGUCCAGAGUCCAGGUUUGGUUCAAAAACAGACGAGCAAAAUGUCGCCAGCAGCAACAGAGCAACAACACAAAUACCAACAAUACGGCUACUCCUAACAAUACCAGCACCUCCAAAGUGAAACCUCUGAAGAAGAAACCAUCUCCAAUCCGUGAGAGCAGCGGAUCUGAGAGCGGCGGACAUUUCACCCCUCCCUCCACCAACUCUUCUUCUACCCCUCCCUUGCCCCCCUCGAUUUCUUCUUCUAUGUCCUCCAGCGCAUGCCCACCUGGUUUGAUGAAUGCCUCUACCUCUGUCACCGCUCCAGUGUCUUCCAUUUGGAGUCCCGCGCCCAUUUCGCCAGCGCUAGCCCCGGUUAGCAUGCCCGAUCCGGUUGCUAACGGUAGCGCGUCUUGCAUGCAACGUUCAGCCGCUAGCGUUGGAUCCACGACUGCGACAUCCUACCCGGUUUCUUACAGUCAAACGGUAGCAGCUUAUAGCCAUCACCAGGGUUAUCCCACAGCAACCUCAGGGUCCUAUUUUGGAGAUUGUGGGUCGUACCUACCCAUGCAUUCACAACACCACAUGGCGAACUCGGCGAUGUCCGGUCAUCAUCAUAUUGGACAUACCGGGCACCCCCAUUCGCACCAUCACCCUCAUGCAGCCUCCCACCACCAGGCGUACUACAGCUCCACGGACUGUUUGGACUACAAAGAUCAAGCAUGGAAACUCAACUUCAACGCAUCCGAGUGUUUGGACUACAAAGACCAGGCGGCAUGGCGGUUUCAAGUGCUGUGA